AUGCAACUCAGUCCACUGCAGUCGCGACUGGCGGCGUCAGUCAUCGCCUCUUGCCUCCUCGUCGCCCUCUACUUCACCCUCUUCUCUCCGCACUUUGCGCUCGCGGCCGAGCUGAAGGAGGCCCUCCCCGUAUUACUCGGCGAUUUCGACUUCGACUUGGCUGCCGACCAGCCCGAGAGAAGCCCACUCGAUCCGGUAUACGAGCCCGAGUUUCCGGCCUUCGACAGGGGCAUCGUCGGACGCGCAACUCAGCUGGCGAUGGCGCUGACAAACAACGAGGCCAUGCCAUUGAAUGUCGAUGCGGGGACGACGCAACUAUUUUCCUUUGCUGUGCCCAAGCUGCCUGCCCGGGACGAGGGGCGGCACUCGCUCGAGUUGAGGGAUAGGCACGAGGCUCCAGAGGAACGGAACCUUGGUCCAAACGCACUGGAAAGGGAUGCUUCCCUGGAGGCCCGCGAUGCGCAGGCGCAAGCGCAAACGCUAGAGCGGCGACAGUCCUCCCGAACAGUUUAUAUAUCGGUGAACACAUGUCUACAGCCGCAGCCGGUCGAUCCUUCAAAGACGACUAUGGACCCUCCUCAGCUCACCCUCUUCGUCUCAACCUCUGCGUCAAACCAGUCCCCUGGGCCGCGCGGCGACCCUUCGUCCCAGGUCGCCGUCACCUUCACCGAGGGCGCCGCCAUGUACAACGUCACAACUCCAAGCGACGAGAUCUACCUUGGCGUGUACGCCCCAAACGUGUCUAGUGCUUUUUCGGGGACGUAUAACUUCCAAAUUGCGGCGUCGACGGACGGCUCCGUCUUCAGCUACAGCGUUGACCAGGAUGCCGGCCUCAUUUUGGUCGACAGUGAUUACCAGGGUGCGCUACUCAUGACGCACAAUUUAACAGACAGUACCGAUCCCACAGCGCAGCAGCAGAUCAUGAAUAGUCAGCCCUACGUGAUGUUUGCUCAGAAUACCAAGGACCGGUCUAUAAAUGGCCUGCAGUACUCAUACUGCGGUCUACAAAACUAUGCGCAAAUUGCAGCAACCAAGAACGGGCAGUUUGCUAGCAUGGUCACGACUGGCAUGACAAAAAGAGGACCAGGGAGCCUCCCAAAGCAGGAGUUCUAUUUCAGCGGCCUUAACUCGAGCUCGGAAUAUGUCGGAAUACUAGCUAGGACCAGUAAUUCGUCAGGGACGGAUUCGGUCUUGAGCGGAGGCCACGUCUUUCGAGCCACGAGCUUUGAGACCAAUCCGGACCAUGGCAACUGCGCCAUCAUCCGCAACCUCACCUUUUGUGACCAAGUCGCUUACUCGGUCCCCAGCAACCCCAACAAGUUUGGCAAUGCGACGGUGCUUGGCCAAUUCUACGACAACUACGCGGCGACCAUGUACGCCAACUUCAACAAGUCGCUAGCCCAGAUCCCGUGCGAGGCCGUGUCGAGCCAGCGCUACUCGCUCGCGACUAACUGCAGCCUCUGCGCGGCCGCGUACAAGGAGUGGCUGUGCUCGGUGACGAUCCCGCGGUGCGAGGACUUCUCCCACGACGCUGCGUACCUGCACCCGCGGGCACUGGUCCAGCCGUUCCCCAACGGCGACGUGCUCGACCAGGAGGCGCUCGCCGCCGUGCACUUUGAGAACACGUCGGCCUUCAACUCGAGCCGCAACCCCAUGAUCGACCAGUUCGUCCAGCCGGGCCCCUACAAGGAGGUGCUGCCCUGUGAGGACCUCUGCUACAAGCUCGCCCAGAGCUGCCCUGCCGCCAUGGGCUUUGGCUGCCCCCUGCCCGGCGACCCCAGCUUCGCGUCCAGCUACGGCCAGCGCUCCAGCAACCUCUCUUGCAACUACCAGGGCUCGGCGCACCUGCGCUCGGCAGCUGUGCCGGCGCCCCCCAUCUCCUGGGCGCUGCUGGGUGGCGCCUUCGUCGGCGGCCUGUCUUUUGUAUUCCUGUGA